CGUCGAUCACCGAGAUUAAAAUUUUAAGCAAAUCCCAAAUUGGGACGCCUGCGCUUUUGCGCACCGUUUGAUUACUGUGCACGACCGGGAGGAUGAUGCAUAUGCGAACAGACGCAACAGCGACCACCGAGGCUUUUUUCGACUUUGGCUGGGCCCCCUGCUGGCUUGUGCAAUGGCUCUCGUUAACUCCUCACCCUCGAAGCAUCUUCUUCCUCCCUCGCAACCACACGGUGACAAAAGGGAUUCUCGCAGACCACCAACACGUUAUAUUUGCAACCUCGUGUUAACUCGGAGCUUCAAAACCGGCAUCCGGUUCACCAUCACACGCCAAAAAAAAAGGUGGAUUGACAAAGCAAUGGCUCGCAACACAAAAGCUUCCAAGCAACCCUCCACCCGCCGCGCUGCAUCUUCCCUCUUGAACCGCACCUCACAAGUGCAUGCAGCUGCCCCGCACGCCCCAGCUCGCUCCUCCCACCUUCGCACGAGCUUCUCCGCAGACGCCCUCACCCCCACUCCCGCCGCCAUCCCCGUCGUCACGCCAGACUUGCCCACCCUUCAACCCCCGCGUCGCAACAAGCGCAAGGCGGAUAUCCCGUGCCGCUCACCCACAGCCUCCACCUGCCGUGCCCAUUCACACGCGAAGGGCGAAACGGGAUACAUAGUCGUCCGAAUCGACUUUACCGGCAGCGUCCACGUCGUCAGAGCCACGGGCGUUAACCUUAACAUCCUGAAAAGCGCUCCGGGAGCAAGCACCAGCUUGAAGAGUCGCGCGACAAGCAGCCGGAGUGCGGCGAAACCGACCGAUGUCACGCCAUACGAACUGCGAAGUCGGAGCGGUGGUGUGAGCAAGACGCGUGGAGGUUCCUCCUCUUCCUCCACUAGCCCUACUAGCGCCAGCGCGGAAUCGAUGGCGGCGGCUGCGAACGUUAAAGGUGUUUUGAAACACCAGGGAACGGCUUCGCAUGGGCAUGGGACCAGGGUCACCUUUCGGGGCAUUUAAACCCACUCCGAUGCUUACCGUAGGCCCCCUCCGUCCCCCAGACAUAACAUUUAUAUACCCCACAAAAGAGCGGCUCGUACAAUAUACACAGGAUGGUUCUCGCCCCAUCAAGGAAAGAGUAGCAUCCGAUUUCUUUUCGAGUAGUGACACCUUCGAAUGAGACCCACCAUAUAGCAUAGCUGAUAGUUGACUCUUCCGUCAUCAUGCCGGUCUCAACAAGAUUAUUCAUUCAUUUCAUGUAUCAUCAUUUGUUUCAUUCCUUUUUGCCAAUACGAAAGCUUCCAUCUUUCAAAAUACUGUGGCGAUUUUUUUUCUCUUGAUAAAAAUCGACUUUUGGCGUACGCACCGUCUCACAAGAUACCCAAAGUUGCAGAAAGCACGCUGGUCCCUGGUAUCAGGCAUGGCAACUAGACG